AAAUGGCGGCAGUUGCAGCGCCCCACCAGUAAAAACCGAGCAGCUGAAUGAAGUCAGCUGAUCUGAGCCUGCUGCUGUCACGCACCGCACAGCCCACUGUUUCUCUCCCGAAGCAACAGCAAAGGGGACACUUCAUAACCAGACGUUGAACUAGUAAACCUGCGAAGAUGGACACGUCCAAGCUGCCGAAGAUCAGGGAUGAGGAGAGGGAGAGCCAGUUUGGAUACGUUCAUGGAGUCUCUGGACCAGUGGUGACGGCCACGGCCAUGGCUGGAGCGGCCAUGUACGAGCUGGUUCGUGUGGGACACAGCGAGCUGGUGGGAGAGAUCAUCAGGCUGGAGGGAGACAUGGCCACCAUCCAGGUCUACGAGGAGACGUCCGGUGUGUCCGUGGGAGAUCCCGUGCUGCGGACGGGGAAGCCUCUCUCCGUGGAGCUGGGUCCAGGAAUCAUGGGCUCCAUCUUUGACGGCAUCCAGCGACCCCUGAAGGACAUCAACGACAUCACGCAGAGCAUCUACAUCCCCAGAGGAGUGAACAUCGGCGCCCUGAACCGAGACCUCAAGUGGGAGUUCUCUCCCGGCAAGAGCCUGCGGGUGGGCAGUCACAUAACAGGAGGAGACAUCUACGGCAUGGUGCACGAGAACUCCCUCAUCAAACACAAGAUCAUGCUGCCUCCGAAAAACAGAGGCACCGUCACCUACGUGGCUCCGCCGGGAAACUACGACGUCAACGACGUGGUGAUGGAGCUGGAGUUCGAGGGCGUGAAGGAGAAGUUCACCAUGGUGCAGGUGUGGCCCGUCAGACAAGUCCGGCCCGUCACAGAGAAGCUGCCGGCCAAUCACCCGCUGCUGACCGGACAGAGGGUCCUGGAUGCGCUUUUCCCAUGUGUGCAAGGAGGAACCACAGCCAUCCCAGGAGCCUUCGGUUGCGGCAAGACUGUCAUCUCCCAGUCCCUGUCCAAGUACUCCAACAGCGACGUCAUCAUCUACGUGGGCUGCGGGGAGCGUGGUAACGAGAUGUCUGAAGUACUGCGAGACUUCCCUGAGCUGACCAUGGAGGUGGAUGGAAAGACGGAGAGCAUCAUGAAGAGAACGGCGCUGGUGGCUAACACCUCCAACAUGCCCGUAGCUGCCAGAGAGGCCUCCAUCUACACAGGAAUCACCCUGUCGGAGUACUUCAGAGACAUGGGGUACAACGUGAGCAUGAUGGCCGACUCCACCUCCCGUUGGGCCGAGGCUCUCAGGGAGAUUUCUGGUCGUCUGGCCGAGAUGCCGGCUGACAGUGGUUAUCCUGCCUACCUGGGUGCACGACUCGCCUCUUUCUACGAGCGCGCCGGAAGGGUGAAGUGUCUUGGAAACCCUGAGAGGGAGGGCAGCGUCAGUAUCGUAGGAGCUGUGUCCCCUCCUGGUGGUGACUUCUCUGAUCCUGUCACUUCAGCCACUCUUGGUAUCGUUCAGGUGUUCUGGGGUCUGGACAAGAAGCUGGCUCAGAGGAAGCACUUCCCCUCCGUCAACUGGCUCAUCAGCUACAGCAAAUACACCCGCGCUCUGGAUGAGUACUACGACAAGCACUUCCCCGAGUUCGUGCCCCUGCGCACUAAAGCCAAGGAGAUCCUGCAGGAAGAAGAGGACCUGGCCGAGAUCGUGCAGCUCGUAGGAAAGGCUUCACUGGCAGAAACUGAUAAAAUCACUCUGGAAGUGGCCAAGCUUCUCAAAGACGACUUCCUGCAGCAGAACGGUUACACCCCAUAUGACAGGUUCUGUCCCUUCUACAAGACAGUGGGCAUCCUCUCCAACACGAUCGCCUUCUACGACAUGGCGCGGCACGCGGUGGAAACCACAGCCCAGAGCGACAACAAGAUCACCUGGAGCAUGAUCAGGGAGCACCUGGGAGACGUCCUCUACCGACUCAGCUCGAUGAAAUUCAAGGACCCGGUGAAGGACGGCGAGGCCAAGAUAAAGGCCGAGUACGCACAGCUGCUGGAGGACAUGCAGAACGCCUUCCGCACGUUGGAGGAGUAGUCGCCCACCGCUGCAGCACCUUCCCAGUUUUCAUCUCUGACCCCCCCUCCACUGCAGAAUCACAUUCCACCUCCUCGUAUUCCAGAAACCUGUGUGUGCCCCCCCUCUCCUCCUUCCCCCUUUGUGCCCCUUUUUGUGAGUGACUGCGUGAGAGUGUGUGUGCAAUUACAUGUGGAGGGAAAAGAGAAGGAUGUACUGUAUUCAUUAUUAUUAUUAUUAUUUGUCGCCUGGCAUUGGCGCACUCUGGAUCCUCUGCAUGGUCAUCGGUGGCGUGUGCGAGUUAAACGUGUGCGUGUGAAAGAGGAAUCUCUUCGCCCUGUUUCUUCCUUCCUCUGUUUACAUGACGUGUAGCCGUGUUGCUUUUCCCAAUGACGAUUGUUGGGUUGAUGUAUUGUAAUUCACAGACCAUCUGUACAGAAGAGUAUUGAAUAUAAAUUUAAUAAGAUCAGUCUAUUUAUUGCCAGCAUUUUGACGUAAAAGGCUUCGUCGUUCUCUCUUUUUGUUUUUAUGGUUGUUUCAUGCUGUGCAGUGUUGUGUACUUUUGCUGUGUGAAUGUUAAAGAGUCAGAGUCUCGGCUGUCCGGUACUUUCAUCAUGUUAAUCCCAAAGAAUUAAAACAUGGGGUAAAAAGAAAA